AUGGAGCGGUUGAGAAAACCGAUCAUCGGAGCGAUUAACGGUUUCGCCAUCACCGCAGGGUUCGAGCUCGCCUUGGCCUGCGAUAUUUUGGUCGCAUCCAGAGGAGCUAAGUUCAUGGAUACUCACGCCAGGUUUGGGAUAUUCCCUUCGUGGGGUCUGUCUCAGAAGCUGUCGAGGAUCAUCGGAGCAAACAAAGCUCGUGAAGUUUCGUUAACGUCGAUGCCGUUGACAGCUGACGUGGCUGAGAAGUUAGGGUUUGUAAACCACGUGGUUGAAGAAGGGGAAGCUUUGAAGAAAGCUAAAGGAAUCGCGGAGGCUAUCAUCAAGAAUGAACAAGGCAUGGUUCUGCGGAUUAAAUCCGUCAUCAAUGAUGGACUCAAGCUUGAUCUUGGUCAUGCUCUUACACUCGAAAAGGAGCGAGCUCACGCGUACUACAGUGGGAUGACAAAGGAACAGUUCAAGAAGAUGCAGGAGUUCAUAGCUGGACGUGGUUCCAAGAAACCUUCUUCCAAGUUAUAG